CAUUACCUAGGAAAACAGAUACCAUUUAUUUUGAUUCCCCAGAAUUCAGUGCCAAACUGCAUAGACAGCCCUGUCAGUCUUUCUUCACUAAUCAAAUACUCUAAUCCUUUACACUUGCUACGUGGCUUAUAGAUCCAAUUUGAUUAUUUUACCAGAUUCAGAGAUAGGGAUUUUCCCUGAACAGUCCUCUCCCUACAUUUUCCUAACUAGCUCACAAACAAAAACUGCACUGAGGAAGGUAGAGGAGCAUGGCUUGAAAUAGAGUUAAAGGUAUUCGUAGCAUUUAUUUCAGUGAAUGUUUGUAAAAUAAUUUCAUUUUUCAUUUCUCUCUUAGUAGUAUAAGGAGAUGCAUCCCAUUGUUUUCAGUGGACCUGUGGUGUUGGAUUUGUGUCUUGACCGUUGAGUAGAUAUCUUUCAUACAUUAACUCAAAAUAACAAGUAUUUCUACAACAUCUUAUUUUAAGAAAGUAGAAAAGCCUAGUGUUUGAUAUAUAUUUAUAGCUAGAUCAGGUGGGUAUAAGUGAAACAGCCAUAGGUUCCAUCCAAGAAUCAAGAUUCCCUGAUCUUCACAUUCAAGCAAAUGUCCAUCCUUCAUAGCAUUUCUUUAACUCCUAAAAAUGCUUUUAAAAUGUUACUAUGAUACAGUAAUCAGCACAGAGACAGCUUCCUUUGUGGUUUCACUAGAAACACUGAAAUAUCAACCGUUUUCAUUGUCUCAGCAUUGGUCUUGCUGCAGUGUGCCCUUACUACCAAAAUACUGCUAUCUCAUGAAAAAGGUGUAACGAAGCACAGAUGGAGGAUGAGGAAGGCUACACCACUUUAAAUUUGCAGCCUUCAACUUCAGUUGUUACUCUCAGAUAUUCAAGUAACGACAAAAGUUCUGUGUUUAAUACUCCAGCCAGUUUUGUUAAAGUAGACAGAGCCUCAGCCUCGGCUUCUAUAUGGCGACCAGUGGCCUUUACUUUCUUCGCUUUGUGUCUGGUGUUGCUAAUGGGACUGGCAACCCUGCUGGCCUUUUUUUUUCAGGUUUCCAAGGAUUCUGAGGAAUUAAAGAAGCUACAAGAGAUGAGGGAAAUGUUGUGUUUUGAAGGAAAGGAAAGCAAUAAGACUAAUGAAACAAAAUGCGCUCUCUGUCCAGCAAGCUGGCAAAACAGUGGAGCUGACAACUGUUUCUACAUUUCAAAACAGAAGAAAACAUGGAAGCAAAGCCAGGAGUUCUGUUCCUUGAGAAAUUCCACUCUACUUGUGCUAAAAGACAGAACAAAGAUGCUACAGGUCUCUCUACCACGGGAUCCACAGUUUUACUGGGUUGGAUUGUCAUAUAUCUCUGAAAGAAACGGCUGGUACUGGGAGGAUGGGACAGCUCUUGUGAGAGAAGUCACAACUUGGAUUGUAUUAUAUGAACACAUCUUCUGUGCUUCCUUAUAUGGACAGAUAAUUUACACCAGUAACUCCUGUUCAACAAAGCAAUUCUGGAUCUGUGAGAAAGGGGCUGUUCAUUUCACCUGA